GAGCCGCGGCCAUGACGGGCAGCGAUGAGGGCGGGAGCGGCCCCGCGGCGCCCCGCGUCCGGCCGCGGCUUGGAGCCUCGGCGUGAGGGCGUCUGUGCGCUCUGCCUCCCCCAGCGCCUCGCCGCGGGGCCGGGCGGACAUGGCCAGCCCCGACCAGUGGGAGCGCCAGAAGACGCUACAGCCGGACGCGGUGCGUGUGUGUGAGGCGCCAAUGAUCGACCUGAAUGUUCACAAAGACACACAGCUUGUGAAAAAAACUGUGGACAUGAAAAGGCCUCGAUUUGAUGCAUCCUUGGUGCUUUUGACACGAAAAUUUAUGGCUCUUCUCAGAAAAGCUCCAGAUGGUGUCCUUGAUUUAAAUGAAGUAGCAACAACACUUGGAGUACGAAAACGAAGAGUAUAUGACAUCACCAAUGUGUUGGAUGGCAUCGACUUGAUUCAGAAAAGAUCUAAGAAUCAUAUCCAGUGGAUAGGUAACAGUCUUGACCAACUUAUUGGAAAAGCACCAGAGCAGCAGAACCUUAAAGAUGAACUUUCUGAUUUAUCAGCCAUGGAAGAAGCUCUUGAUGAAUUAAUCAAGAAUUGUGCUCAUCAGAUAUUUGAACUAACAGAUGACAAAGAAAAUGCAAAACUAGCUUAUGUGACGUACCAAGAUAUCCGAAGCAUUCAGGCAUUUCAGGAACAGAUUGUGAUUGCAAUCAAAGCUCCAGAGGAAACCAAAUUGGAAAUACCAGUUCCUAAAGACGAUCACAUAGAAGUACAUGUGAAGAGCACAAAAGGACCCAUUGACGUGUAUCUAUGUGAGGUGGAAAAAGAGAAUCCAGGUGCCGAAACUUGUGAAGAUAUGGAUACUGUCCCUAUCUAGUGAAACUGAGACAUUCAUUUUAUCCUGAUGAAGUGAGAUCUUCGAUGGAAGAGAAAAAAACAUUUGAGAUGCUAGAUUAAUUACAACACAAAAAUCUAAUAUAGAAUGCAAAUAUCUGUGUUAUAGGGCUUUUCCAAACUGCUUGGAUCUGCAAAUUUCGUAACCUGAAAUGUUUCAAAAUGUUUUAAAAAUCCAGCAGUGGAUUGGUUGAGUGCUUUCACAGGAUUGCUUAUCUUCCCAAGUCAAAAGACAACAGUUUCUGGAGUUGCAUUUAGGAGCUUUGUUUUCUUAAUUGCAUGUGACCUACAGAGACUUGGGAAAACAGUUUUUUACCUUAAAUUUUUAAUUGACAGAAAACAAAGAUAAUUAAUUACUUCUAAAAAUUAAGGUUGGAGAACAAUUUCUGGAACGGUCCACAAUCUGCAUGAGAAUGUAUAAAAUGAAGAAAUGCACUUUUCAGUUCUGAGGCAGCACUACUAAGCAGGAUUGUCAAAUACAAGUGUAACAAAGAACUGGUGUAUUGGAAGCCUUUGCUAUAAAGAACAAGAUGUAAAUAUCCCAGGAGUUAUGCUUUACACCGUGUAAGUGCUGUUUGCAUCCAGCUCUACAUGAACUAUGGUAUCAACACUGAAGUGAAAUAAUUGGGCUUUGUGUACAUACUUGUAUAAUUUCUAGGUAGUUACUGAUGUACAUUUAUUGAGAUGGUUUGCAUUUUUGCCUCUGUACAGCAAAGAAAUAAAAUAAGCUUACAAAAAUAUGAAAUAGUGUAAUGAAACAUGUUGGGUUGCCUUUGCUGCAGUUCACUGAGUAACUACAAGCAUUUAAAAUUAUGUGAAAAUUUAAAAUCUGUUUACAUGGUACUGUCAGAUAACACUUAGGUCUGGAUCUUGUGAUGCCACAGUACUGUAGCUAUUUUCAGAAGAAUAAUCGAUAACUGCUUAAAUUGGUCCAUUCCAGUUUCUGGAGUUUACAUACAGCAGAAGCUUAGUGGAGUAUCAUGACAUCUUUGUGGCUCAGCUUGCAAAAGUAUGUAAAAUACUUUAGGACUAUGUCUGUAUUACCAUAUUUCGUAUCCAUAGAACAAAGCUGACAAAUUUGUAUACUGGAUUUUCUAAGGGAGUGAACUGUCAUUGUACAAAUGCUGCGCAUGGGCUCACUUCAUCCCAGUAUGGUUUCUGCAGGGGUGGGUUGGCAGGUUUGGUUUUAAAUGGGAAGUCCCAAGUCCUUGUGUCACACAGUAUUGACAACUAUACAUCUACUCACAAGUGAGACCAUCAAAGCUAAUUAAACCCUGUGUGUUCUAGCCAGCAGCUCUGCAGCUAUGCACUGAAAUUAAAUGCCCUAUGUUCUACAGUACAAAUAAGGUGGUACAGGUGACACUGAUGAGCAUAAAUAUACCUAAAUACAGAUUGAGAAUUAACUCAGUUUUCCACAAGGUUCCCUAAUUCUUCAAAAUGCAUAGUAGUAUACUUUGCAAAUGUGGGAAAAAACACCAAAUGCAAUCUUGUGUCAGAAAGUAAUCUUGAAUUUUUAUAUCUGUACUGUCAACUUCUGACUCCAGAAUACAGGAAUUCUGGAAAAAUUAGGAUACUAUUUUUUUUUUUUGUCUAUGAAAUUCAAACUACAGGCUGAGCUGUAAUAAUAAUAAAUAAAAGCAAAGUGACAGCACAAUUAAUACAUAGAACAUGGCAAAAAAGAGGAAGGUGCUCCUCCAGUGUAGCUGGGAGUGAGGGUUAAAAGGAAGAAAGCAUUUUUUUGCACAGGAGAAUUGUCCUUUUCCUUCAGUGACUGGUUUCUGUUCAGAUCGCAAACUCUAUUUGAUGUUUUACAUCACCGUUCUGUUUUGGUGAGGUGGGGAGACCUGUGCCAAAGAGAAGCAUUGAUUCCCCUUAUAUUGAUUCCCCUUAACUCAUUGUCCUGAGUUCAGCAACUCAGGACAAUGUUUCCCAUAAAACCUAUAAAAAUUUGCAACACUUAACUAAUUCUAAAUGCUGUAUGUCAGGGUGGGUUUUUGUUACAUGAUCAUAACAUCCUAGAAUGGUUAGGGUUGAAAGGGACCUUGAAGGUCACAUAAUUCCAACGCCCCUGCUUUGGGCAGGGACAGCUUCCCUUCAUCACAGAAUUAUUUAAGUUGGAAAGACCUCCAAGACUAUCAACUCCAACCUUUGACCAAACACCACAAUGUCAAGUAGUCUAUAGCGCUGAGUUUCAGAUCUAGUCAUUCCUUGAACUCCCCUAGGGAUGGUGACUCCACCACCUCUCAGUGGAAGCACCUUCCAGUGCUUCACAGUUCUUUCAGUGAAGAAAUUCUUCCUGACGUCCAACCUGAAUCUCCCUGGUGCAGCUUGAGGCCAUUUCCUCUAAUGCUGGUUGCUCAAAGCCCCAUCCAACCUGGCCUUGAACGCUUCCAGAGAUGAUAAGGCAUUCACAGCUUCUCUUGGCAACCUGUUCUAGUGCCUUCCCACCCUCAUAAUAAAGAAUUUCUUCCUAAUAUUUAAUCUAAACCGACCCUCUAAUUCUUAGCCAUUACCUACUAUAGAGUAAGGAAGUACAUUUUUACAAAAUAACCAUCUUAAAAAUGUUGAGGAAGUUUGUCUUCAACAGUGGGACAAUCCAUUUAAAUGAAACAUUGUGAUUUUUCAUGUUGAACAAAUCUCUAGUGGUUGUUUUUCCUCACUCAUUUGUACAGGUUUUCUAGCAGUAUAAUUAAUGCUUUUAGCCACACAAUUGUCACAGUGAAAUGGAAGAAGCUGUAAUAUGACAAUUACACUGCUACUAUUUUAUGAAAUGCAUCUGUUGUUUUAAUAUUGCACCUUUAGCAGAAUGAAUAGACUUUUGAAGAUUAAACCACUGCUUUUGCUACUUGGUUAC